AUGGCACCUCACGCUGAAGUCGGCUAUGCGAAGGGGGAUGGAAAGUGGUCUUCAAGCGCCACGCCCAAGGAGGCGUUCGUCGUCAACUCGCCCAACGUCACGUACUCGGACGCGGAAAUCAAGAGCCGCUACACUUAUCGCACCACCGAGGUCACGACCAAGGAUGGUAAGUUCGUUGCCACGCCCAAGGAGACGGUGUACGACUUCAAGGUGGACCGCACGGUCCCCAAGGUCGGCAUGAUGCUCGUGGGCUUGGGCGGCAACAACGGUACCACCGUGACUGCUGGCAUCCUCGCCAACAAGCGCGGCCUCGUCUGGGAUACUCGCGAGGGUCCGCGUGCUGCCAACUACUACGGCUCCAUGGUCAUGGCCUCCACCAUCAAGCUCGGUACCGACCCCAAGACCGGCAAGGAAAUCAACAUCCCGUUCAACCACCUGCUCCCGAUGGUCCACCCCAACGAUCUUGUCGUUGGCGGCUGGGACAUCAGCGGCAUGAACUUGGCGGAUGCUGCUGACCGCGCCUGCGUCUUGGAGCCGACUCUCAAGAACAUGGUGCGCAAGGAGAUGGCUUCCAUCAAGCCUCUUCCUAGCAUCUACUACCCGGAUUUCAUCGCUGCAAACCAAGAGGCUCGCGCUGACAACGUUCUGCCCGGUACCAAGGCUUGCUGGGAGCAUGUUGAGCAGAUUCGCAAGGACAUUCGUGAUUUCAAGGCUGCCAACGGUCUUGACAAAGUGAUUGUUCAGUGGACUGCCAACACCGAGCGCUAUGCGGAGAUUCUGCCUGGCGUCAACGACACGGCCGAGAACCUGCUCAAGGCUAUCAAGGAGGGCCACGAGGAGGUUUCUCCCUCGACCGUCUUUGCUGUUGCCUGCAUUCUCGACCAGGUUCCCUUCAUCAACGGCUCGCCCCAGAACACUUUCGUUCCUGGCGCCGUUGAGCUGGCCGAGAAGCACAAUGCCUUUGUCGGUGGUGAUGACUUCAAGUCUGGCCAGACCAAGAUGAAGUCUGCCCUGGUUGACUUCAUGAUCAACGCCGGCAUCAAGCUCACCAGCAUUGCCUCGUACAACCAUCUCGGCAACAAUGACGGCAUGAACCUGAGCAGCCAGAAGCAGUUCCGCAGCAAGGAAAUCAGCAAGUCCAACGUUGUCGACGAUAUGGUGGCCGCCAACAAUGUGCUGUACGAGGAGGGUGAACACCCCGACCACUGCGUCGUGAUCAAAUACAUGCCUGCGGUUGGCGACAAUAAGCGUGCGCUGGACGAGUACUACGCCGAGAUCUUCAUGGGCGGACACCAGACCAUCAGCAUCUUCAACGUGUGCGAGGACUCGCUCCUGGCCAGUCCGUUGAUCAUCGAUCUCGUCCUCGUCGCCGAGAUGAUGACGCGCAUCCAGUGGAAGACUGCUGAUACUGAGUACGCUGGGUUCCACAGUGUUCUGAGCAUCUUGAGCUUCAUGCUUAAGGCCCCGGUCACUCCCCCGGGUACGCCGGUGGUCAACGCGUUGGCCAAGCAGCGUAACGCUAUGAUGAACAUCUUCCGUGCUUGCGUCGGUCUCGAGCCCGAGAACGACAUGACGCUUGAGCACAAGCUGUUCGCUCAUUAA